AUGGUGAUAUCGAUCUCUUUCUCGGGUAGACCUUCGGAUUCGUCUGGUGAAUCUAAAGAUGGUGUUAGUAGUAACGUGGCUUCUAGGACUACCAGUUCUCGAAGUUUGUCAGUUUUCGGGGUUGAUAGUGACUCUGACAGUGCUGCUUCAGACUCGUUGGGCUCUCACCCAUUCUCCAAACGUACCAAGUUAUCACAAAACUCUGGUGUAGAUUCUGCUGGUUUACCACGUAGAACUAGGGUUGCUGAAGAGAAGAAAGCCGUGGUUGUGAAGUUCAAGGACUACGACUUGUCUACAGAUAGCUUGGAUCCUGAGCUGUACUUAUAUGACGAAUUGGAGUUUUCAUCGUCUAAUGAUCGUCAUAGCAGCGACGACCCUUCAAAAUUAGUAUACUUGGGUGUCGCUCCAUCUUCCUCUAGUGACAGUGUUGCCCCAACUGUUAAGAAAGAUUCUCAGUACAUGUCUGGUUUGCUCCGCACUGCUCGUACUCGUCAGUUGGAGCGUAGCAUUACUUUUGACAAGCAGCAGUUGAAGGCAGACCUUGCUAGCGGUGAUUCUGUUGGCGAAGUGUUUGUGACAGGUGCAUACAAGCGUCAGCUUGAAGAGCGUCGUCGUUACGAGGAGGAGCAACGCCUUAAGGAUGAGGCUGAUUUGAAGAAUAGCGGGAAGAGUGUGGCAAAUCUGCACGCUCACAUGCUGAAAUCAGGGAUUGCAAGUCGCACCCAUCGCAACAAAUAG